GAGUAAAAAUUUUCUGAAAAUUAGGCCGAGUACCGCACUCGGAUCUCGAAUCAAACUGUUGCGACAAAUCUUGGAAACAUGGGUCAAGUUCUUCUCGCAGUGGUUGAAAUAUUCGCCCUCCUCACGGCAGUUCAGGGUCUGCAGUACAUCGCUUAUCUGGAUGACGGCAUCUUUGCAAAUAUUCAUAACUGCAUCUGGUUCAUAUUUGCAAUACUAGGCAAUGGUUUCGGACUUGUCGCAAUUUUGUUAGAAUGGUGGGAGGGUCGAAGUUCGACUGGUGGCCUAGGACUUAAAACCCUUCAAGCCCUUCAAUACCACUAUUUCUUUUCUUGGAUGGAUGUGCUCGUUGGAUAUGCGGCCCUCGUGACGCAGACUUGGUUGUGUUAUCAUCAACGGAUGAGAAUGUCACAUGUGCACUUGGCGUUGAUUGGGAUUCCGAUCGUAGCAUGGUUGAAGAGGAAGAGCAGCCUUAUCGUGAUAACGACACAGGUGGUCACUCUCCUCGCCAUUCUGUCGCAUUCUGUAAUCUCCAUUUCUGCCGGAAAUUGGUGGAGUUUCAUUGGCUCUGUACUCAUGGGUCUCACUCUCAUCGCGAUGUCACUUCCGGUCAGAUAUACGUUCUUCACAUCGGAAUUUUCCACGAGGGAAGCGGCCGUGCUUUUGUCUGGAUUUGCAUCAUUUGUGUUCCCUUGUGCGAUUGGAGUUGAGGCAAAGUACCACAAGAGCUUAAGGAAAGUAUUUCCGUGAUGGAUUCGUAUUUCAAAGGGUGACAAAAAUUCUUAAAUGCUUACUACAAAACGUUUUGUAGUAUGGUGGCGUCGUCUCAUAAUAAAUAUGACCAGUCUUGAUGAAUAAAAUUAGUAUUGUGAUUAGCAAAUUACUCGAAAAUUUAUACAUGAUUUAUUUUGAUGCUGUACAUAUAGCGUCAAAAUUUUAUAAUUAAAAUUAAAUCAGUCAUAGAUAGUUAGAUAUACGAAAUGCCGAUUAUCCUGCUAUUACUGUAUUUACUUACAUCGUGAUGUCUGAUUUUAUGCAUGUAUGUACGUAGAUAUAUUUAUGUAUGCGUAUAGCAUUUUAAAUUUGUUGUGAAAUAUAUAAAUUCGAGUACAUCUACAUAUAUUGUUUGUGCUUAACCUUGUACGCUUUAAUUUCAGUCACCUUCUUAAUCGUUCGCUUCGAUUACAAAUUGCAUAACAAUUCGAUUUUGCAAAAAUGUAAAAUAAUAAAAUGUUGCCACAUGGUGAAAUCAACAUUUGCGAGUGCUUACUUGUCAUUGUACAUGGGUGUAUAAAUAGUUGUUUCAGGCAUUUAAAUUUUAAAUCUGGUGUAUUUAAUUAACUACGUAUUUUGAAAUAAGAAAUUUGGCCUUUGAAUAUUACAAGAUAAAUAAGAAAUCUACCGAGCCGGAUAUAUUCAUCCAAUCCAAAUUUGACUCGUCUUACAAAAUCAUGCAGAGACCAAUUAUAAUCUUGACACUACUGGUUACAUUGGGAUUAGUGGGAACAGUGGCAUCGCAUCCGAAUGAAUUAUAUGACGACACUGACAAGAUGGAAGUUGUCCAAGUCAUGCAAAGUACUCCAGAUUUGCAUCCACGAUUCCGACGCUGGCAUUUAUAUGGGCCACGAUCAACCAAAGGGACUGUUUACGAAGGAGUCGUUGAAGGAAUGAAACCCGUCCCAAAAUGCUGGACGUCUCAGGGAUGGAUAUGCUCAUCAAGUGCAAAAAUAGAAUCGAAUCAUAUGUCCAAAGAUAUGCCCAAGAAGGAGGAGGAGGAUGAAUGAUUUAACUAAAACCUAAAUAAACCUAAAUAUUUCGAAAUAUCUGUAAAAUUAUUGGUAUGUAUAAGAGA